AUGCAGGACGGAAGAGCACCUCGCAUCAAAAACCGCGCUCCUGCCGCUGUCCAGGUUACCGCAGAGCAACUGCUCCGAGAUGCCCAAGAGAGGCAAGAGUCGCAAUUCAGAGCGCCCAAGCAACGAGUCGAAGACUUUGAGGAGCUCCAUGAGUACCGCGGGCGGAAACGCGAGGAGUACGAGAAGCGGAUCAGGCAGACCAGGGGGAGCAUAAAAGAGUGGUUGCAAUAUGCAAACUGGGAGGCCAGCCAGAGUGAAUACGCCCGCUCGCGCUCCGUUUUCGAACGAGCUCUGGACGUCGAUCCGCGCAGCGUGCAGCUAUGGCUCAGCUACACUGAGAUGGAGCUUAAGGGACGCAACGUCCAGCACUCGCGCAACCUGUACGACCGCGCGGUGACGCUCCUCCCGCGGAUUGACCAGCUGUGGUACAAGUAUGUGUACCUCGAGGAGUUGCUGCAGAACGUGCCCGGUGCGCGCCAGGUGUUCGAGCGGUGGAUGCAGUGGGAGCCCGACGACAAAGCAUGGCAGGCGUAUAUCAAGAUGGAGACGCGAUACCACGAGCUCGACCGUGCGUCCACCAUUUACGAGCGGUGGAUUGCGGUGCGGCCCGAGCCCCGGAAUUGGGUGAAGUGGGCGAAGUUCGAGGAGGAGCGGGCGAACCUCUCUAAGGCGCGCGAGGUCUUCCAGACUGCACUGGAGUUCUUCGGGGACAGUGAAGAGGAAGUCGAGAAGGCCCAAGCUGUUUUUGGGGCGUUCGCGAAGAUGGAGACACGAUUGAAGGAGUAUGAGCGAGCGCGCGUUAUCUACAAGUAUGCGUUGGCACGUAUACCACGAUCAAAAUCCGCCGCUCUGUAUGCGGCGUACACGAAAUUCGAGAAGCAGCAUGGCAGUCGGUCAACACUCGAAGCCACUGUCCUCGGCAAGCGACGUAUCCAAUACGAAGACGAGAUCUCUCAAGAUGGCCACAGCUAUGACGCGUGGUUCGAUUACAUCCGUCUGGAGGAAAAUGCUCUGCAGGAAGCGAGGGACGAAGGUUCGCCAGAUGAAGAAAUCGCCGGUGCCAUUGCGCGAGUUAGAGAGGUGCAUGAGCGAGCUGUCGCCCAUAUACCCCCCGGCGGCCAGAAGCGGCAUUGGCGACGUUACAUUUUCCUUUGGUUGAAUUAUGCAUUAUUCGAGGAAAUCGAAACCAAGGAUUACGAUCGCGCUCGGCAGGUAUUGGAGACUGCUAUUCGCGUUGUUCCCCACAAGCAGUUCACUUUCGCCAAGUUGUGGAUUAUGUUUGCCAAGUUCGAGGUCCGCCGGCUUAACUUGGAUGCCGCUCGGAAGAUUAUGGGGACUGCGAUCGGUAUGUGCCCUAAGGAGGCACUGUUCAAGGGUUACAUCCAGCUCGAACUUGACCUCCGGGAAUUUGACCGUGUAAGAACGCUCUACGAGAAAUAUAUCGAGUUCGAUCCCAGUAAUUCUUCUGCGUGGGUCAAGUAUGCAGAACUCGAGGCGCAGCUGGAGGAUUUCGAGCGCACACGUGCGAUUUUCGAGCUUGGCGUCUCGCAAAUGCCACUGGCGAUGCCCGAGGUACUGUGGAAGGCGUACAUCGACUUCGAGACCGAAGAGGGCAACAGGGAGAAGGCGAGAGCGUUGUUCGAGCGUCUGAUUGCUCAAAGCGGGCACUGGAAGGUGUGGGUGACGUAUGCCGAGUUCGAGGCCGCUGCCAUCCCUGUUGCGCGUGCCCUCCGAGAAGAGAAGGAGGACGAAGAUGAGGAAGAAGAGCUGGUGGAAGGCGACAUCGACCUGGCGAGACAGGUGUUCGAGAGAGGGUACAAGGACCUCCGGCGGCAAGGUUUGAAGAGCGAGCGUGCUGCCCUCCUAGAAGUCUGGAAGACAUUCGAAGAAAAAAAUGGUACUCCUGAAGACGUCGAAAAGGUGGUGAACAUGCUGCCAGUGGUCAGUCGUCGUCGCAUGGCGGAUGCUGAAUCUGGUGGCGCGGAGGUUGUGGACUGGGACAUGGUGUUCCCUGACGACGAACGCGAGUCGCAUCCGACAUCUUUCCAGUUCCUCAAGGUCGCACAUGCUUGGAAGAAGGCGCAGGCUACGAAGAGCAAGGAACAUGCAAAUGAACAUCCUGCUCCCUCUACUGGAGGAGAUGCCGGCCAAGAACAGCCGCCAGUUGCGCAGGCGGCAAAUUCGCAGGACAAGGACGAGGAUAUGACUAGCGACGUUGCGAGUUCGCAUGACGGUGAAUGA